UUUAGCUGCAACAUACAAGCCGGCCAUAUUAGAGCGAUGGAAAUAAAGCUUCCUUAAUGUUGUAUAUGUCUUUGAAGUACAUCUGUGCAUUUUUUGUUUUGUUUUGUUUUAGCAUCUAACCACUCCUCCCUUGUAGUCCUCAGCCCCUCAAAUCCACCCUCUCCCAUAGCCCACCUGACUAACAUCUCAGUCUCUGAAAAUGCACAGAGAUGCCUGGCUACCUCGCCCUGCCUUCAGUCUCACGGGGCUCAGUCUCUUUUUCUCUUUGGUGCCACCAGGGUGGAGCAUGGAGGUCACAGUACCUGCCAACCUCAAUGUCCUCAAUGGCUCUGAUGCCCGCCUGCUCUGCACUUUCAACUCCUGCUACACAGUGAACCACAAGCAGUUCUCCUUGAACUGGACUUACCAGGAGUGCAGUAACUGCUCCGAGGAGAUGUUCCUCCAGUUCAAAAUGAAGAUCAUUAAUCUGAAGCUGGAGCGCUUCCGUGACCGUGUGGAGUUCUCGGGGAACCCCAGCAAGUACGAUGUGUCAGUGACGCUGAAGAACGUGCAGCUGGAGGACGAGGGCAUCUACAACUGCUACAUCAUGAACCCGCCCGACCGCCACCGUGGCCAUGGCAAGAUCCAGCUGCAGGUCCUCCUGGAAGAGCCCCCCGAGCGGGACUCCACGGUGGCAGUGAUUGUGGGAGCCUCCGUGGGGGGCUUUCUGGCUGUGGUCAUCUUGGUGCUGAUGGUGGUCAAGUGCGUGAGGAGGAAAAAAGAGCAGAAACUGAGCACGGAUGACCUGAAGACCGAGGAGGAGGGCAAGACGGACGGCGAGGGCAACGCGGACGACGGCGCCAAGUAACCAGGGCCAGAGGCCGCAGCCCCUCCCCGUGUCCUGUCCUCCCGCCCUCCGCCCUGUCCCGCGUGACCCCCCGUCCUCUCUUGGUGUGCUUCUCUUGAACCAGGAGCCCAGGGCCCACCCGGGGCCUCCUGAACCCCUCACUGCGUAUCCCUGCCCUGCACCAAGAGCGACCCACCUCUCUUCCAUCUGAGAAACCUGCCAUGGCGUCUGGGAUGUGUGGGCCCCGGGGAGAGAAGAGAAGGGGCUCUAACCCACCAGUCCCUGAGAGGAGGCAGGGGGCAC